GGCGCACGGGGUGGUAGCUUCACUCAGAGUGAUCUACAUGGUCAUAAAGCCAACCAACCAUACGCUAAACAGCGGUGGUAUUUUAAUAGAGAUCGGAAUAAAAGUAAAUUAUUACUUUUUUGUAGUCUACUUUUACGUUGUUGUUCAUAAUCUGAGAUGGACAUGCCCAUCUGACGCCUCUGCUUGCACUUAGAUCUGUGUACCUGGCUUCUGAUCUCAUACCCAGCUAAACGCCAAGGCGGAGAUAAUUUGCGCAUUGUGACCGUCACCGGUCCAGCUACACUUGGAGGAAUUACAACUGGAUACCCGUACGCGUACAGCUGGGUCCGAGAUAGGCGACAAAAGCUUUGGAACAGGUCCGGGUGGAGUACCUAACCAAUUACUUGAGUACUAAGCGACACCCAACAUGCAGGUGUUUACGAGGAUGAGCCGGGGUUCACUGACGAUGGAGUUACAGUAAAAGUCGCUCUGGAAGAUUCAACCGGGUGUAGUGAAAACGAGUGAGCGAAGCGGUCCCGAACUCCCGAGUUUAGCGUGUCUGAGGACUGAUGGCCUCGGUUUGGAAGGAGAGACCUCGGAUGAGCGAAGGAGUCCUGGUCCGUUACUGGACGGAAAGACUGGUUCGAUUCAAGUGGAACACGAGGAGAGGAGAGGGACUUUCAGAGGAGAAGCCUCAGGCAGCAGAGGAGAUGAUCCCAAACUCACCAGCACUACUUUCGCCUUGACGGUGGGACACAACCAUACAGUGGUUUGCUGUUUGGGACAAAACCGCAGCGUGAUCCUGAAUCUGACCAAACUUUACGACUUUCACCUGGGGAGUGUUACAGAGACCACCUUGUGGAGAUAAUGGUGCUGACAGGCCCUGAGUUUGAGAGCAGUGUGCUCAUCAGCUCGGAUGAAGGAGCGAGCUAUCAGAAAUACCGCCUCAGCUUCUACAUCCUAAGCCUUCUGUUCCAUCCAACACAGGAGGAUUGGGCUCUAGCCUACAGCCACGACCAGAAGGUGUACGCCUCCCUGGACUUUGGGAGAAAAUGGCAGCUGGUUCAUGAGCAUGUGAACAGGUUCGAAUGGUCUGUAUGUGGUACACAUGGAGGCACACCCCUAUUGGACAGGCUGAACGAAGAUUCGGACAACAUAGAGCUAGCGGGAUUUUCCAUGCACCGGCAGAACAGAGACGCUACCUCUGGAUAAUUUUUGAUGGGGGGGCUGCAGUGGACCAGCUUUUUCUUGGUGCCUCUGUUCGUGGACGGGAUGCUGGCGGAGGCCGGGACAGAGAACCAGAUCAUGACGUGAGUAGGGACAAUGGAGGAAUGACAUGAGUAGUGAUGAAUGAUCUAGAGAUGGGGGCACAAUGUUCUUUUGUCCUCCGUUCUUUUGGGACACUGUUCCUUUUGGUGAGGAGGGAGCGGGGGUAGAGAGAGAUGGAGAAAUGGAGGGAUGAUGUGUUUCGGCUCACUGUGCCGUUCU